GUUGUUAAGUGGAAAAUGGAGGCUGAAUUUUACAUGGCGAUUCUUACCUGCUUGAUCCUCGGACGCUCGGAGGGGUUCCAGAUUGUCCAUGUCCACAAACAGCAGUGCCUUUCCAUAAAGCAGAAGGUGAUCAUGGGCUCAUGCAAUGGCACCAGCCAGAACCAGCAGUGGCUGUGGACCGAGGACGGGAAGCUUCUUCACCUUAAAUCUGCACUGUGCCUUGGUGUCUCCAACUCCUCAGGGGGCCCUUUCCGUGCAGUGGUCGGCAUCCACUGUGCCCAGGCACCCCGAUGGACCUGCCAUGAGCAGAAAGGUUUCCUUGAGGUGGAAAGUACCUCUCUCUUUCUCAAGAAACAAGGCCCCAAAGUAGUGGUAAGAAAGGACAAGAAAUACCUCCAUAGCUGGAUGAGAAUAGAGGUCAACAAAGAGGGGAAACUGGCCAAUGAAAGCCUCUGUCUAAAGCAAGCUGGCGUGGCAGCAGAAGUUUCUGUGAGGAGCACUAGAAACACAGCUGUUCCCCAGAUCCCCACUACUUUUAACACAGUCCCAUACAGCCCAGAGCACCUCAUUAGGCAUACCACAGAGGCCUUCAUCAGAAAUUCUACAGAGAACUACAGUCAAAACAGCAGUGAGAGACAUCUCCCCAAUUUGUACACAGCUGGAACUACAGAUGUGUCUUGGGCUCCAUCGACUACUCGGCCUUUCUCCAGCACCACUGCAGAGACUGCCCUGACGGAACCAGUGAGAUGUAACUUCACCCUGUUGGAGUCCAGGGUCUCUAGUCUGUCUGCAUCUAUCCAGUGGAGAACUUUAGGGUCACCCUGUAACUUCAGCCUCAUCUACAGCAGUGAUACCUCAGGGCCCUCAUGGUGCCUACCCAUUCAGAUAGACAACAUUACCUAUGGAUGUAACCUCAAGGAUUUACAAGCAGGGACCAUCUAUAACUUCAGGAUUGUUCCUCUGGAUGGAGAAGAGAGAACUGUGGUCUUGCAAACAGAUCCUUUGCCUCCUGCUAGGUUUGAAGUCAAUCCAGGGCAGAGGACUUCAACCAGCCUGCAGGUUCGGUGGACUCCUUCUCCUGGAAAAGUCACCUGGUAUGAGGUGCAAUUAUUUGAUGAUAAUAAUCAAAAGAUACAAGGGGUCCAAGUUCAGGAAAGUGCAUCAUGGAAUGAAUAUACAUUUUUGAACCUCACUGCUGGUAAUAAUUACAAUAUUGGCAUCACAGCCGUUUCUGGAGAAAAACACUCCCUUCCCACUUAUAUUAAUGGAUCAACAGUGCCAUCUCCAGUGAAAAAUAUUGGUGUUUCCUCCAAACCUAACUCUCUCCUAAUUUCCUGGUCUCAUGAUUCUGGGAACGUGGAUCGAUACUGGCUGAUGCUAAUGGAUAAAGGGACCGUAGUUCGAGAUGGCAAUGUGAACAAGCAUGACACUUCUUAUGUUUUUCAUGGACUGAUGCCUGGCCACCUCUACAACCUCACUAUUGUGAGCAUGGCCUCAGGACUGCAAAACUACAGAUGGAAACUAGUAAGGACAGCUCCUAUGGAAGUCUCAAAUCUGAAGGUGACAAAUGAUGGCAGUCUGACCUCUCUAAAAGUCAAGUGGCAAAGACCUCUUGGAGAUGUAGAUUCCUACAAUGUUACCCUGUCUCACCAAGGCACCAUCAAGGAAUCCAGAUCAUUAACACCUGAGGUUACUGAAACUCAUUUCAAAGACUUAUCCCCUGGACGACUCUAUCAAGUUACCAUCAGCUGUCUCUCUGGUGAACUAUCUGCUCAGAAGAUGGCAAUGGGCAGAACAGUUCCAGACAAAGUAGGGAAUCUAGAGGCCAAGAACAACAAUACUCAGACGAAGUCCCUAUUAGUGAGCUGGUCGCCCCCUGCUGGAGACUGGGACCGAUAUCGUAUCCUGCUCCUCAAUGAGUCUUCGAUGCUGCUCAACAUCACUGUGGGAAAAGAAGAUAGACACUAUACCCUGGAUGAUGUGGGGCUCAUACCAGGAAGACAAUAUGGGGUAGAAGUCACUGUUGAGAGUGGAAAUCUGAGGAACUCUGAGCGUUGCCAAGGCAGGACAGCCCCCCUGGCUGUCCUCCAGCUUCGUGUCAAACAUGCUAACGAAACUUCACUGAGCAUCACGUGGCAGGCACCUGUGGCUGAAUGGGAGAAAUACAUCAUCUCACUGACUGACAGAGAACUCUUAGUUAUUCACAAGUCACUCUCCAGAGAUGCCAAAGAAUUCACUUUUACAGACCUGGUCCCUGGGCGAAAAUACAUCGCUACCAUCACCAGUAUUAGUGGAGAUUUAAAAAAUUCAACUUCAAUAAAAGGAAGAACAGUGCCUGCCCAAGUGACUGACCUGCAUGUGGACAACCAAGGGAUGGCCAGUAGUCUGUUCACUAACUGGACAGAGGCACAGGGAGAUGUAGAAUUCUACCAGGUUUUACUGAUCCAUGAAAAUGUGGUCAUCAAAAAUGAAAGUGUCCCCAGUGAGACAGGCAGAUACAGCUUCCACUCCCUGAAAUCCGGCAGCCUCUACUCUGUGGUGGUGACAACAGUGAGCGGAGGGAUUUCUUCACGACAAGCGGUCACAGAAGGAAGAACAGUUCCCUCCAGUGUGAGUGGAGUAACAGUCAACAAUUCUGGUCGUAAUGACUACCUCAGCGUUUCCUGGCUGCCGGCACCUGGAGAUGUUGAUAACUACAUGGUGACCCUUUCCCACGGUGGCAAGUUGGUUCAGUCCCUCACCAUUGCCAAGUCUGUCAGCGAAUGUUCCUUCAGCUCUCUCACCCCAGGCCGCCUCUAUAAUGUGACCAUAACUACCAGGAGUGGCAAAUAUGAAAGCCAUUUCUUCAGCGAAGAGCGGACAGUGCCUGACAAGGUCCAGGGAAUCAGUGUGAGCAAUUCCGCUAGAAGUGACUAUUUGAAGGUGUCCUGGGUGCAUGCCACUGGAGACUUUGACCACUACGAAGUCACAAUUAAAAACAAAAACACCAUCAUUCAAACCAAAAGCAUUCCAAAGUCAGACAAUGAGUGUGUUUUUAUUCAGCUAGUCCCUGGACGAUUGUACAGUGUCACCGUCAGCACCAAAAGUGGACAGUAUGAAGCCAGUGAACAAGGGAAUGGGAGAACAAUCCCAGAGCCUGUGAAGAAUCUCACACUACAGAACAGGAGCACCGAGGACCUGUAUGUGACUUGGUCACCAGCUGAUGGGGAUGUUGACCAGUAUGAGAUCCAGCUACUCUUCAAUGACAUGAAAGUAUUUCCUCCUAUUCACCUUGUAAAUACUGCAACUGAGUAUCAGUUCACCUCUCUAACACCAGGACGUCAGUAUAAAAUCCUUGUCCUGACCAUCAGUGGAGAUGUCCAGAAGGCAGCCUUCAUUGAAGGCCUCAUGGUUCCUAGUGCUGUCAAAAAUAUUCACAUUUCUGCCAAUGGAGCCACAGAUAGCCUGAUGAUAACCUGGACCCCUGGUGGUGGAGAUGUUGACUCUUAUGUGGUAUCAGCAUUCAGGCAGAAUGAGAAGGUUGAAUCUCAGACUAUCCCUAAACAUGUCUCAGAGCACACAUUUUACCGGCUAGAGGCCGGGGUCCAGUACCGGAUCGCCAUUGCUUCAAUCAGCGGGUCCCUAAGGAACCAGAUAGACGCGUUCGGGCAGACAGUUCCAGCAUCUGUCCAGGGAGUAAUUGCAGACAAUAUGUACAGCAGUAACUCCUUAAUAGUGAGCUGGCAGAAAGCCGUUGGUGUGGCUGAAAGAUAUGAUGUCCUGCUUCUCAAUGAGAAUGGAAUCCUUCUGAGAAACACGUCAGAGCCAGCCACUGCUAAGCAGCACAAAUUUGAAGAUCUAACACCAGGCAAGAAAUACAAGAUGCAGAUCCUAACUGUCAGCGGAGGUCUCUUUAGCAAGGAAGCCCAAGCUGAAGGCCGAACAGUCCCAGCAGCUGUCACCGAUCUGAAGAUCACAGAGAACUCCACCAGACACCUGUCCUUCAGCUGGACUGCCUCAGAGGGGGAGCUCAACUGGUACAACAUCUUUCUGUACAAUCCAGACCGAACUCUGCAGGAUAGAGCUCAAGUUGACCCGCUAGUCCAGAGCUUCUCUUUCCAGAAUUUGCUACAAGGCCGAAUGUACCAGAUGGUGAUUGUAACUCACAGUGGAGAGCUGUCCAGUGAGUCAUCUAUAUUUGGCAGAACAGUCCCAGCCACUGUAAAUCAUCUCAAAGGAUCCAAUCGGAACACGACAGACAGCCUUUGGUUCAGCUGGAGUCCAGCCUCUGGUGACUUUGACUUCUAUGAGCUGAUUCUCUACAAUCCCAAUGGCACAAAGAAGGAAAACUGGAAAGACAAGGGCCUGACAGAGUGGCGUUUUCAUGGUCUCAUCCCCGGAAGGAAGUACACGCUGCAUGUGGUGACUCACAGUGGAGAUCUCAGCAAUAAAGUCACAGGGGAGGGCAGAACAGCCCCAAGUCCCCCCAGUCUUUUGUCAUUUGCUGAUGUUGCAAACACUUCCUUGGCCAUCACCUGGAAGGGACCCCCAGACUGGACAGACUACAGUGACUUUGAUCUGCAGUGGCUCCCCAGAGAUGCACUCACUGUCUUCAACCCCUACAGUAACAGAAAAUCAGAAGGACGUAUUGUAUACGGUCUUCGUCCAGGGAGAUCCUAUCAAUUCAGUGUCAAGACUGUCAGCGGAGAUUCCUGGAAAACCUACAGCAAACCAAUUUCUGGAUCUGUGAGGACAAAGCCAGACAAGAUACAAAACCUGCACUGCCGGCCUCAGAACUCUACAGCCAUUGCUUGCUCUUGGAUCCCACCUGAUUCUGACUUUGAUGGCUAUACCAUUGAAUGCCGCAAAAUGGACACCCAAGAAAUUGAGUUUUCCAGAAAGCUAGAGAAAGAAAAAUCUCUACUCAACAUCAUGAUGCUAGUGCCCCAUAAGAGGUACCUGGUGUCCAUCAAGGUGCAGUCAGCAGGUGUGACCAGUGAGGUGGUUGAAGACAGCACCAUCACCAUGAUAGACCGCCCUCCUCCACCACCUCCACAUAUUCGUGUGAAUGAAAAAGAUGUGCUAAUCAGCAAAUCUUCCAUCAACUUUACUGUCAACUGCAGCUGGUUCAGCGACACCAAUGGAGCUGUAAAAUAUUUUGCAGUGGUGGUGAGAGAGGCUGACGGCAGUGAUGAGCUGAAGCCAGAACAGCAGCACCCUCUCCCUUCCUACCUGGAGUACAGGCACAAUGCCUCCAUUCGAGUCUACCAGACCAAUUAUUUUGCCAGCAAAUGUGCUGAAAGUCCUGACAGCAGUUCUAAGAGUUUUAACAUUAAGCUUGGAGCAGAGAUGGAUAACCUUGGUGGGAAAUGCGAUCCCAGUCAGCAAAAAUUCUGUGACGGACCACUAAAGCCACACACUGCCUACAGAAUCAGCAUUCGGGCUUUUACUCAGCUGUUUGAUGAAGACUUGAAAGAGUUCACAAAGCCCCUCUAUUCAGACACAUUUUUCUCUUUGCCAAUCACUACUGAGUCAGAGCCCUUGUUUGGAGUUAUUGAAGGUGUGAGUGCCGGUCUGUUUUUGAUUGGCAUGCUGGUGGCUCUUGUGGCCUUCUUCAUCUGUAGACAGAAAACUAGCCAUGGUCGAGAAAGGCCAUCUGCCCGCCUGAGCAUUCGAAGGGAUCGACCUUUAUCUGUCCACUUGAAUCUGGGCCAGAAAGGCAACCGGAAAACUUCUUGUCCCAUAAAGGUAAAUCAGUUUGAGGGGCAUUUCAUGAAGCUGCAGGCUGACUCCAGCUACCUCCUAUCCAAGGAAUAUGAGGACUUAAAAGAUGUGGGUAGAAACCAAUCCUGUGACAUUGCCCUCUUGCCUGAGAAUCGAGGAAAAAAUCGAUACAACAAUAUACUGCCCUAUGACGCCUCAAGAGUGAAGCUGUCCAACGUAGACGAUGACCCUUGCUCCGAUUACAUCAAUGCCAGCUACAUCCCUGGCAACAACUUCAGGAGAGAAUACAUUGCCACUCAGGGACCACUUCCUGGCACCAAAGAUGACUUCUGGAAAAUGGCCUGGGAACAAAAUGUUCACAACAUUGUCAUGGUGACCCAGUGUGUUGAGAAGGGCCGCGUAAAGUGUGACCACUAUUGGCCAGCAGAUCAGGAUUCCCUCUACUAUGGGGAUCUCAUCCUGCAGAUGCUCUCGGAGUCCGUGCUGCCCGAGUGGACCAUCAGGGAAUUUAAGAUAUGCAGUGAAGAACAGCUGGAUGCGCACAGACUCAUUCGUCACUUUCACUACACGGUGUGGCCAGACCAUGGGGUCCCAGAGACCACCCAGUCCCUGAUCCAGUUUGUGAGGACUGUCAGGGACUACAUCAAUAGAAGCCCAGGGGCCGGGCCCACUGUGGUGCACUGCAGUGCUGGUGUUGGUAGAACUGGAACCUUCAUUGCAUUGGACAGAAUCCUCCAGCAGUUGGACUCCAAAGACUCUGUGGACAUUUAUGGAGCAGUGCACGACCUAAGAUUUCACAGGGUUCACAUGGUCCAGACCGAGUGUCAGUACAUAUAUCUGCAUCAGUGUGUGAGAGACGUCCUCAGAGCAAGAAAGCUACGGAACGAACAAGAAAACCCCCUGUUUCCAAUCUAUGAAAAUGUGAAUCCAGAGUAUCACAGAGAUGCAGUCUAUUCAAGACACUAAGAAUGCACCAGAAGCCUUGCUGGAUAAAGUUUUUCACAAUGUGAUUAAAAAACAAAACAAAACAAAACAAAACAAAAAACCUUGCUUCAGGCCCUACAGAGGUGCCAGCUAUUUCUGUUGAUACUAUGUAUAAUUUAUUAAUCUGGAGAAUGUUAAAGAAUUUAUGUAAUUUAAAGGUAAUAGAUAUUAUUGUACAGAGUUGUAUUUUGUAGUUUCUCCUGUAAAUAUGUAUUUUUUCAUAAUGUUUAAUAUUAAGCUUUAUAUAAGACUAUUUUUUCCACACUGAAGUGUUCAUGGCUUGUUCUACAUAAACUAAUUCAACCUGUGUGACAGGACCACUGGUGAAAUGUGUGUAGAGGAAGUUGCAAGGACAAUCCUUGGGGUCAUGUUUCUUAUCUGCCUCAACAAUCACUGAAUAAGACAAAGGGCAGAGCUGGAGCCAAUUACAGCAAGCCCAGCUUUGCUGAGCUACUGUCUAAAGAGCCAUGGAAUCCAAAGAGGACACAUAUUCUGUUAGGAUGAAUAUAACAGUAAAAGAUUAGGACUGGGGUGACACCUUUGUGGUAGAGCUUAUGCCUAGCAUAGGUUCAAUCCCAGAACCAAGAAAUUAAAAAGAUAAAGGAUUAGACAGCAUCAAAGCUGAGCUAAAUCACUGUGCCUAAACUAGAUGUUCCUUCCCCUUUCUCCUGCCAGAGAAGUGAGGCAUGGUCAGCCCAGGAGCCUUGUAAUUUGGGGUAGCUCAGGAUGCAGUGUAGAGGGUUCUGGAGUGAUGCAAACAGACAUGCAGAAUACCUUCUGUCAAGAAUGCCAGCCGUACAUCUGACUGGAAACUAACAUACAAAGCAUGCUACAUUCCUACAGCAUUCACACUUGGCUUUCCCAUGGGAAGAAGAUGUGGUGGUAGAUUAUGUGCCCAGUCAGAGAAAGGAUGGCACAGCAACCCGUUCAUAGAAAGGUCUAUAGCAUCACAUAUAAUGAAUCAGAAACCAAACAAUAGUGAAAACAAAAACUCAGCAGUCCUUAGUCUAAAAUCUUCUGAAAGACUUUUAUCCUCAAUAUCUGUGCCUUAUUUUGAGCAUAACAAAUUUCAGUGAGUCAGGAACUGGGUUUUACACACAUCAAGAUCCAGUUCCUACAACUUUCCUCAGAAAAAUCUAAAAAAGUAUCUGUAUGGACUAUGCCUAAGCAAAUGAGCAGGAGACAUUUACUUCUAAUGGGGUCACAUUUUUGUUGUUUUCUGAGUUUCAUUUGAAGAAACAACACAUUUCUCUUGAAAGUAUGCAUUUUUUUAACCUACCAUAAAUUCCCAUACAUAAUAAAAUGAAUAUAAUUGGCAUAAUAAUUGAAGAUGGCUAACAAUAGCUAAAAACAUUUUAAUUUUUAUUCAUAAAUACACUAUAAUAUUUAUAAUUGCCUAACUACACCUAAUCUAGAAACCUUUGUGGAAUUAUUUGAAGAUCAUCAAAACCAGUGGAACAGUCCAUAAGGAUGCCUGUGGUGGCAGUGCGAGCAUUCAGAGUGCUCACGGCAUCACUGUGCCCCUUGUCCUUGUGAAAUGAUACUGUUAUGCUCUGAUUCUUUAUCCACAAACUCAUUGGCUCUUCUGGACAGAGGUGUAAAAGAUGGAGCUAUAUCUCUACGGAGAAAAUAGAGAUCGGACAUCUAUGAAAUGUAGUGUCGGUUAGGAAUCACUUUUCCUAGCGUGAAAGAAAAGUCAGACUGGAGACGCCCCUCAGCAGCAGCACACUUGUGUAGUCACCUCCAGAGGUCCAACCCUAUCCCUCCCCCAGGAAAAAGAGUCAAGAGGAGAACAAAAUGGAAUUUUAAUAAAUUCAUUUUCAGCUUUCCAUUUAUUCAGAAAAGGAUUUUAACAAGUGCCUGAAACCUGCUAGGCACAGAAUGUGUGCUGCUUCACCCAGAAAGAGAAAAGGGGAUAGUGAAGUUAGCAACCAUCACUGUUUUCAGUUGAACUUAAAGGAGGGCCUAGGUGAGGGGAUGAGAGACUAGAGGCAGCGAAGCACAGUGGUCACUUUCCACAAGGCACUUGCUAGCAAGCGCUGACAAUGUUUCAACAGUAAACCACUAGAUGCAGAAGAGAAAUCAGUUAAUUGUACAAGCCAGAAAUUACAACUGCAAAAACCCUACAUAUCUGGAACCAUAAAUGACACUCGAAUACCCUUGAAGCAUCUGAGGUGGAAUCAGAAUUACAGAAAUGAGCAUGGCUUGGGAAAACCAUACAUUCUUUAAAUCUAAUCCAGGAAAUAUCGAUUCUUCCUCUAUACCUAAUUUUAAAUCUCUUUAACAAUGAAUAUAUUGCUAUUCAAUCUCACUCCCAGAAAGAGAGAAUAGAAAUCUAGUUGAUAUAGUCAAUAAAUUUAGCAGAGAUCCAGACUGGAAAUGGAACUCAGUGGUAAAAUGCUUGUCUGGCCUGGGGGAGGUCCAGGGUUCAAUCUCUGGUACCACAAAAUAAGCAAGGUAAGAAAGGUUUUCUUGACAUUCAGCUCCUUUGGAUGCAUUUCCCCUUAAUUGCAUCAUGUGGCUGUGCCUUGGUAAACACUCCACUUCCUGCAGGCAUCCUGUCUGCACCUGUGUGCUGCUCUUUAAUCAUCAGGCUUCAAAGUGCUUCUGAGCUAUCAAAUCUUGAGAGAGUCUGUCUUGCAUCUUAAUAAUUAUUUAUCCAAGUUCCUUAUAAUUAACUCCUUUAAUCUCUUCACAUUAAAUCAAUUUUAUAUUAUCAUUUUGCUUCUCCCUGGAAAACUGCCAAUUUUUCCACUCUUAAUUCAGGUUUUCAAGGACUCAUCUUCCUGUCUGGACUUGCCCAUGUUUGUCCUAAGUCAUUUCCCAUCCCAUAAUGCUUGAGUUCCACUAUCCCGCUCCUUGCCUUCUUCCUUUGAAUAUGUUCCCUGUGCCAGGUGAAUCUUCUUUUCCUUUCCUCUCCUUUCAUCCAUUGGUAACAUUUCAUAAACUGAACAUUGUAGAAGAAAAAUCAUGACUUCAUUUUUCAUUAUUAAAAUGGCAACAGCAUAGCAGUUGGGGUCAGUUAUAUAUGGGAAGGUCUUUAAUUUUGUUAUUACCUCUUGGAAGAAAGCUCAAAGUGACAUGAGAAAAUAAUAUGGAAUGGUUUAACAGAUGUCCAGCAAUACAAAAAUAGGGCUCACAUGUUACACUUAACGCUGAUUCUCUUGCCUUGGUGCCUAAGGAUCCAACUCCUUAUAUUAAACGCAUUCCUCUCUCUUUGCAAUAAAAUAAUCUGUCAUAUACUAAACUCCUGCUCAAUUAGUUUUAUGAGCAUUUUUGUAAGGUUUACAUCUUGAAACUACCAGGUCUGUACAACAGUGAGUGCUUGUAUCAGAACCCCAGCCCUGGUGUGCUCUAAAAAUUUUGGGGGGGAGGUCUUUUUGAGACAGGGUCUCCCGUAGCCCCAGCUGGCCUGGUAGUCACUAUGUAGAUCAAGCUGACCUUGAACUCACAGAGAUCCACCUGCCUCUGGGCUCCUGCGUGCUAGGAUUAAAGGCAUGUGCCACCCAUUGUUCACCCAAGCUGCCCAGGCCAAAUCCCAGACAACAGUGAAUAGUGACAGUACUAAACUACUUGUUUACGGUAGUGGUGCAGGGGUUUUCUGGAUUCCAUUUCACUGAAGAAAUAAAUGUAACUUAUCAGCCAGGACAGAGUGGUAAGAAGGUACGAGUGUUCCUUCUCUCUAUGGCAGCAAAUGAGUUGAAGAGUCAACAUAGAAAAUGGCACAUCUGCCUGAGAUUCCAAAUAGAACAGCAUCAGGUAUUCAAACAAUGUCUCACAUCAAAGAAGCUUUAAAACUGUGACUGCAGAAAGGAAGUAAAAUGCUCCAAAGAAGGGAAAAUACUGAAAAAGGGCCAAUCGAAGCAGACAUCAUCGGAAGACACAAUGGCAUCUUUGUGGUGAGGUUGUUCUCUGAGACAGACAGGCUGAAUGAACAUCCCCAACCCUGAAAUCUGAAACUCAAAGUGCUCCAAAGUCCAAGGGCUUUUGUGAGCACUGCAGUGGGAAGCUCCACACCUGACCUUGUGUAAUGUGUCAGUCAGAACACAGGUACACUAAAAAUACCUCGUAAAAUUAAAAAUCAGCUACGUGUACAAGGCACAUGUGAGACGGAAAUAAAUUUCACAUCUAAACUUGGGUUUCAACUCAAAAUUCUUAUCUUACAUAUGCAAACAACCCGAAAAUUUCUUAAAACCCUGGACCAAUUUUGGUUGCACAGGUCUCGGAUAAAGGAUCCUUCACCUGUGUUUCUUUUCUUGCACUUCACUUUAACUUUGUUGGUCAGGUGAUUUAGUUGAUUAAAUAAUUAAAUUGACUCAUUUAAUUUUUGAAUUAACCAGGAGUGUGACUAAAUUUACUGGGUUUGGCAUUGCAGACACUCACCUUAGACUCUUACAAUGCAGAAUGACUUCAGAAGUGUUUGACCAUUUCAGUUGAAAUGUGGGAUGACAUUCGAUGCAGCCAUGAUAACAGCAAAAAUCUGCUCUGUUCUAAAAAUAUGUCUAGCAAUGAAAACAUUUCUGGCUGAAAGAAUACUCGACUUGUAGGGAGGCUCCCUUCAAAUAAAUGUAAGGUUUUUUUUAAGAAUUGUCGAUUCAGAUAAUGUUCACUAAGUAAGGAAGUUGUUGGUGAAUACUUCCAAAGUAGGAGCUUAUGUAAUGGAAAUAAAAGGCAUAUUAAAAUAUUUAACAAAAAUUAUUCUUAUAACUUAUAUGCCAAAGCUCAUGAUCUUAUAUAAGACACCAAAAUAAGUUGUUCAAAACUGUGAAUAACGUCAGACAAAUGUAAUGUAGCCCUUCUUAGAAUAGUCAGGAGAAGGAUUAGUUAUGGCUGUUUUCUGCCUCAAGAACUAUCAUCCUUGUCCUAACAGCAAGCCUUCUAUUAUGUUUGAGAUAGUUACUGUAUUUUAAUAACUAUGUGUGUAAAUAAGCACUGGGUUGAGAAAGGGAUGCAUACAAUUGUGGCUUUAGGAGUCCAGUGGAGCCGAGCAGCAUCCAUCUGCCAGUUAGUGGAACAGUCUGCACCAGUGUUCAUGGGGUCUCCUAGCGUCAUCCACUCUGAAAAGAGGGGGCACCAGUCACUUGAAGUGACUUCAUCUCACUCUUGUUUGUGAGGCUUCUCCAAGGACAAAGAGAAAACCGCUUCUUCCACCUUACAGAGAAUAGUUCACAAUUCAUGCAUGUCCUGCAUGCACUGUGUGGAGUGGAAAUGGUUCUGGGCCUCAUGUUUUGGAUGCUAAGUAGUCUACUAUUUGUUAAGUCCACAGAGGUGCAGCUGACCACUUCUUUGUCUGUGUGAAGCAUGAAUAUAUUAUGUAAAUAAAUCCAGCAACUGAAUUUAUUAUGUUCUAUAAUAGAGCAUUUUUAUAUUUUAAAAAUCAUUUACUUAUUCUCUGCAAAUCCAGUUAAAUGGCAGUAAAUAAUUCUAUUUUUUCAUAUUAUAGCAUCUACCCACAGUAUUGUAUUUGUAACCAAUACUAUUUGAACCAAGAACCCCAUUAGCCUUUCUAUUUAAAUAAUAUAUGUGCUUAAUAUAUUUUCAUAUUUGUGACUGUUUAAAAAAUACAUAGAAUAUUGCAUACCCCCUCGCCAAUGUAGAAAUAAAACUGCUGCUUGUUGAA